UAAAAGUCAAAGAGACACAACUCUCUCGAGUCUCGACUACGACUAGUGGUGUUGGCAAAGCAGACAGAUAGGGAGGGAGGAGAAGGAAGGAGCAUUGAUAAGACCGGAACACGCUCGGAAGGAGCGACCGCCGAUCAGGAGGGCCAUGUGGGCGCUGUGGACUUGGCUCUUUUCUUUCUUCUUCAUUUUAGCUAUCCUUAUUAUCAUCGGUUUCCAGCUUGUGUGCUUGAUUGACCUAGAGUAUGAUUAUAUCAACCCAUAUGAUUCAGCAUCACGGAUAAACAGGGUUAUAUUGCCAGAGUUUAUUACUCAAGGAGUUCUAUGUUUCAUUCUUCUUAUAACAGGGCAUUGGCUUAUGUGUUUUUUGUCUCUCCCAUACCUAUAUUAUAAUGCGACAUCGUACUUGCAGGGAGAGCAUCUAGUAGAUGUAACCGAGAUCUAUAACCAGCUGAACAGGGAGAAAAAGAAACGCUUUGUCAAAAUCAUCUAUAUGAUUUGCCUAUUCAUAUUUUCUCUAUUUUGGUUGCUUUUCAACCUUGAGGAAGAGUAUGAUUAAUCAUGCACUGUAGCUCCUGCAAAACUUUGUGCAGUGUUCCAAUGAUGGAUAGGCCGAUAGAAAGACAUACUCUCAGGGAUGUGAAGUAGGAGGAAUGGUCUGUAAAAUUAACCGGAUUUUAACACCUAAAGAGUCAUUGUAUUUUUGUAUUGAUAGUAGUCAAUAGUCGCUCCACAUUUCACGCUUGCAUUCCUCCAUUUUUAUUCAUUAUAUAUCCCCCCUUCAUUGCCUUCGUAAAGCAGUACAGUAGCUGGGAGUGAUUGGCAGUUUGUUAAGAAUGGACCACAAUCAUUUGUUUUCAUGAGACUACUUUACAGUCAUUAUUUAUCAAAUGCCUUUUAUCUCUUUUUGGUUA